UUUGGAUGUUUUGUUUGGUGAUCGUUCAAUUGAUGUCCGUGCUUGCACGGAGGAUUGAUGUGGUAUCGGGAGGCCUGGGCUCGUUUCCUCCUUCAGACUUGAUGAACUAACUGGCUUAUAUCUUGGAUCUUUACCCAGGACCCUUCAUCUCUUCAGGUGACGGAGUGAUUUUUUGACACUCUUCACUCAUCUUAUCAUCAGAAGGACCUUGGCAUCACAAUUACUGGUACUGUUGGAUUUGGUAGAAGUAUCGAUACGUUUUCAAAAAACAAAGAAAGAUGCUGCUGACAACGAAAGGAAGAUGCCUGGUGGCAAUAGCCUGGUGUUUGGUGGCACUUGGAGUGGUUGGUGCUGCCAGAAUCCCUUUUACUACUCGUGUGGCAUCCACCAUCAGGGGUGGCGCCAGCAAGAGCAGUGCCGCUACAAAGAAGCACCUGUCAAAAGAAGAAAGUGACGAGCUUCGUCAGCAAAUUCUUGCUCUGAUCUCCAAGAAUCCAAAAGGCCACGAAGAUGCCGACCUUCGAACGACGGUUGCCGAUCUACUCCAAGAAUACGCUAGUAGUUCUCCCCAAGUGGAUCCUUCCGAUAUAGUCUUUGUGAUUGGAGCCCAAGUUUAUGGUGCCGAAAAGGUGGAGUUUCCUCAUCACGAAGAGAGUGUUGAUCCCGUUAUUGUCGAUUUUGACUUUAUGAAACAAUUCAUGAAAGAUGUAUUCUUGUCCUACGGAGUGACGCCGGAACGAGCCGAGAUUUGUUCCGAAGUUCUCAUGGAAGCCGAUCGACGAGGAAUCGAUUCUCAUGGACUCGGCAGACUCAAACCAAUCUACUGUGAUCGAAUGGAUCAAGGGAUCCUCUGGCCAGAUAAACCCAUUACCAUUAUCAAGGAAACCGAGACGACAGCAUUGGUCGAUGGCAAUUUGGGAUUGGGUCUCUACAUUGGACCCUAUUGUAUGCAACUGGCCAUUGACAAGGCCAAAAAGUUUGGUGUUGGUUUUGUGGCGGCACAGAAUUCCACCCAUUACGGUAUUGCUGGCUAUUACACGUCCAUGGCCUGCGAACAGGGCUGCGUCGGUUUUUCGGGUACCAAUGCCCGUCCUUCCAUUGCUCCAACUUUUGGGACGGAACCCAUGCUUGGGACCAAUCCACUGUGUUUCGGUAUUCCUUCCGAUGAAGCGUUUGAUUUCAACAUUGACUGUGCCACAUCGGUGAAUCAACGAGGGAAAAUUGAACGCUACGCCCGGGAAGGAUUGGCCACACCCGCCGGGGCCGUCAUUGAUGAUGCAGGGAUCGAACGGACCGACACGGAAGGAAUUUUGAAAGACAUGGUUCUGGGAAAAUGCGCCUUGACUCCGGUGGGUGGUGCUGGUGAGCAUUUGGGUGGAUACAAGGGAUACUCAUGGGCCGUCGUAGUCGAACUCUUGUCGACUGCCUUUCAGUCGGGACCCUUUGGAGAAGCUGUCUGUGGAGUGGAUCGGGCCACGGGUAAACCCUGUCCUAUGCCUCUUGGUCAUUUCUUCCUGGCAAUUGACAUUGAAGCGUUGUGUCCUUUGGAUACAUUCAAGGAGAACGUGGGAAGCUUGCUUCGUGCCAUUCGGGAGAGCCGGAAGAGCCCCUUGGGCCCUGGGAGAAUUUGGACUGCGGGUGAAAAAGAAAACGAUUGCCGGGUCGAACGUUACGCCCAGGGAGGCAUGGUGGUGCCUCCGUCCCUUCAAAAGAAUAUGGAGCUAUUACGCGACAAACAACAAGUGCUAAAAGAAAAGUACGCCGUUCUGCCUUGGGAAGAAAACAACUAAACUUACUUCAUCUUUAAAAAAGGAACCUGUAGGCUGCAUUGAGCGUUCAUGUGCGGAGUACCGGCGCCAGUAGGAAUCUGUGGUGGGUUAAAUAGUCUUCUUCGUACGAUUUAGCAAAGAGUAGAUGGAUUAAGUAAAUUGUACUGAAACAGGUCACCAACUGCCAAGUCCCUAAAACACAGGCUUUGACCUCUGUGA